AUGAAUUCCACCAACUUGUUCGUCCCUGGUUGCAUUGUCUUCGCUUCGAAUGUAACGCUGCCGAGCUACGGAAUUAGCAGCCGCUCAUCCAUCGGAGUUUCAGAGGCCGAAUACACAGACUGGUCGUCCCCUGAUGCUCUUACGUGCAAGGUUGGAUAUGGAUUACAGGGAAGCAUUCAUUUCACGAUCUCCCAGGAUCUCAUCCGGUUUCAGUAUCAAUCUUCAGCCUGGCUCCAGAUCAAGCCUGUUGAACCUCAGUGGGACUGGAGCAGAAAUGACAUCAUGGACGUCGUUGACUUCUUUAUGUGCGCUUGUCUCUCAAGGUACCAGUGCCAGUCGAGGAUUGAUCUUAACUACUGCCGUGACUACCAGCUCGACAAGUCGAUUGUACAGUUUCGAUAUGACUACUCUGACGGACAUUCAGAACGCAAACCUGCUUGUCAAAUAUCAGGCCUCACAGCUGACUUUGUUGCGUCCAUCUCUGGGAAACUUUCCCCGCUUGACCUUGAAUACGAGGCUGGGUCAGACAGUGGCUCAAAGUACCGAAUGGCAGUCAACUUCAAGUAUCCUUUGUAUGCCUCCACUCGCAACAACUUCGAGGCAGACAUUGUCAGUGGUCGUGACCAGCAUUCAGUCUGCAGGGACGAUAACUGA